AUGAAAGUACAACUACCGAAACAAUUGCAACCGAUGAAAUAUCAAGUUCAAUAUCGGGCGCCAUCACCACCAGCACCUGGGGUAACUCGUACUCCAGAAGAAAUAGAGGCUGAGUUAAAGAAAAUAGAAGCGGAGUACGAGAAACUUGCUUUGGUGUUCUUUGAAUUACCUCAAGAUAUAAUGUGGACGGAACCACCAGUGAUAUGCCAAUGGCAGGAACAAAGAAAACUUUGGACAAGCAACUAUGUUAAUGACUACAAAUUUAAUGAAGACAAACUUACUAUACAAUUUAGGACUGGUGUUUUGUGGCCGAUUGGUAUAGCAACACUGCGUUAUGGGAAUUUGCCGUAUCAAGGUUGGGAUUUGAGACCAGACCCUAAUGGAAAAGGUGUAAUAAUUACAGUAACUGGUGUUUGUAUAACUGUUACGUGGAUUUGUAUUGGAAACACAGUUAAAUUGCACUGGAUAGCCAAUGCGACAACAUCUGCUCUAAAACAACACUUCAACAAACCAUAUAGUGUCAAGAAAAUGGUUCAGAUUAUGCGUGAGGCGGCGUGCGAUUUCUUUCCUGACUUUGACGGACAUAACCAUCUAGAAGGCUCUUGUCCAAAGGAAUGGGUGGCCGAGAGGCACAAUUAUCAUGCUAUGGCCUUUCUAUCAAGGGCUUACAAUUUUCAAUGGAGCCGCUGGAACCAAGCAGCUGGAAGUCGAAACAUUAUAAUGCAAUUACGCGAAGCUGUAGAUAAGAAGAGAGAGGGUAAAUUUCAACUACUUCACUCCACACCGCAGAAGGCAGUAAUACUCAAAUGCAACGAGCUAUCUUCAGAAUUUGAUACUGACCCAGCUAUGGGCAUGCAGUUUUACCCAGACCUAUUCACAUUGAAUAUGUCGUAUGGAUCAGUGGAUGCUCGUCGUACGACUUUUAACAUGAAAUAUCGAUUAGUCGAGACCGUUUUUGAUAUGCUUCAAGAGUUAAAAUUGUCCAGUUAUUCGUAA